AUAAUUUAAAAAAUGGUGUUGAAAUAAAAUUAAAAUAAAAGCCAUUUUGGCAACUGAACCGAAACGCCAAUUUGGCCUGUGUAUUUUUAAUGCAACUGUACACUUCCUACCACCAAAAUUGGCGAAAGACCGCGAACUCGCAGGCGCGCUGUCUUGCGCUGUUUUGUGAGGGGCAUGCGGGUAUGUGCGGACUACCUCUUUGGGUGUGAGGAGGAGGAGGUGAGGAAGGUGCAAGAGGAGGAGGAGGGGGAGAGGCUUCACUCCCUGGUCGCCACCCCCACGGGCAGUAGCUCAGAAACAGAUUUGGAGUUAGCUCUCCUGGGUGAUUCUAAAUGGCGUCCAUCUUUUAAAGAGAUCCGGGAGCUGUUCCGUAUCUUCGACAAGAACCAUGACAACACCAUCUCAAGCUCUGAACUGGGCAAGAUGUUGACGUGUAUGGGCAUGGAGAUUUCAGAGGAGGAGGUCAGCACUCUAAUGAAGGAGCUUGACAAGAACGGUAACGGUAAGAUCGAGUACAGAGAGUUCAAGGCUUUCAUGCAGGACGAGAUCAGGCGGAGCGAGGAGAGCCCUUUAGAGCAGGAGAAGGCAAUCCGUAUGGCAUUUAAGGUGUUCGACCAGAACGGUGACGGUGUGAUUGACGAGGCGGAGUUGAGGGCUGCCAUGAAGAACCUGGGCGAGCCGCUCUCAGACAACGAGCUGAACGAGAUGAUGAGAGAGGCAGACGUCGACCAGGACGGGAAGAUCAACUACGAAGAGUUUAUAAAGAUUUGGUUGAACUCUGCAAAAACACAAGGCUAAACCCGCCAGCAUUCCACUUCUGCUGAUUGUAGAAAAUUUGGAAGCGUCUACCUACAUAAUGUUUUAUGAACUGAUUUUAAAUUUGUUCCGUUAAAAUCUGGAAGGAAAUAUAAUGUUUUAUGAACUGAUUUUAAAUUUGUUCUGUUAAAAUCUGGAAGGAAAUAUAAUGUUUUAUGAACUGAUUUUAAAUUUGUUCAUUUAAAAUCUAGAAGGAAAUUAAAUGUUUUAUGACAUGAUUUAAAAUUUGUUCAGUUAAAAUCUGGAAGGAAAUAUAAUGUUUUAUGAAAUGAUU